CUCGUACUCAUUUGUAUGGAGAACCUGACAUUCACUCCUCUCAGGCAGCCGAUUGUGUUUGAACUGGAGGGCUUCGACGUUCCACCAGGACAUGGUCCACUCUUGUUCUUCUUGGCUCUGUUUGCCUACAUGGUGGUGCUGCUGGGGAACGGUGUGGUGAUCUGUGUCAUCAUGAUGGACCGGAGCCUGCACAGACCCAUGUUUGUGAUGAUCUGCCACCUGGUGGUCUGUGACCUGCUGGGGGCCACGGCGGUGCUUCCCAGCCUCAUGAUGCACUUCUUGAUGGGGCAGAAGAAGAUCAGCUACCUCCCAGCUAUUGCUCAGGGUUUCUGUGUUCAUACAUACGGCGUAGCAAUGCAAACCAUUCUGGGAGUGAUGGCCUAUGACAGGUAUGUGGCAGUGUGUGAACCUCUCAGGUAUCACUCCAUCAUGACUUCGGCUCGGCUGCACAGCUGCUGCGCUGUGGCCUGGAUCAUUGCUCUGCUGCUCAUCGCUGUGCUCUUCUCCUUCCACAUGAACGUCCCGCUAUGUGGCCACAUCCUUCAACAUGUUUACUGCAGCAACCGGAUCAUAAUGAAUCUGGCCUGCACACCCACUCCCACGAGUGACAUCUAUGGUUUAUCCAUGACCUGGUCAGUGAGCACAGGGAUGUUCAUCAUCAUCGCGUUUUCCUACAUCAGGAUCCUGACAGCUGCUUUUAAGCAGGGCAGAACCGACAGCAGCGUCCGUACCAAGGCCUUUCAGACAUGUGCAUCACACCUUGUGGUUUAUGUGUUUUAUGAAUUAGCUUCGCUGAUUAUCAUCGUUAGCUACAGAUUUCCAUCCACCACUAAAAACAUGAAGAAGUUUCUUAGCAUCCUGUUCAUCAUCGUCCCUCCGGCCAUCAACCCCAUCAUCUAUGGGCUGGUCAGUAAGGACCUGCGCUCCAGCAUCAUCAAGCACUUUUCUACCAGAGCAACUCACAAGAACAGACUUUCUGUCUUACAGUGA